AUGUCGCUCUAUGAUGAAGAAGCUAAGAGGAACCGCAAACAAUCAACGUUCGUACCGCUGUCCCAAGAAGAGAAAGAUGAGAUUCAACAGCUCAGGGGAAAACAUAGUGUUGUCAUAAAGCCGUCAGACAAGGGAAAGGGAUUCGUCUUGUUGCCCAGUACACAAUAUGAUGAGAAAGCCGAAGCCAUGCUGGACCAAGAAGCUGACUAUGAGAAGGUGGCCAUGACGGUGGACAAACUGGAUGAGGAGACAAGACGUUUUGUCGACACUCAUCUGAAGAACAAGCUCCCGGAGAAACUGGAGAAGGCAAUUAAACCGAGGCACUCGCGGAUGCCAAGGUUUUACGGUCUCCCCAAAGACCAUAAGGCAGGAUUGCCAUUGCGUCCCGUGGUCAGUUCUUGCGACAGUCCUACAAGUAACCUUUCGUUGAUUGUUGAAAGGAUACUGAAUCAGCUCCUUAUGUUCGUACCUGCUCAUCUAGAUAGCACCGAAGCCUGCAUUGAAGACAUCAAGAGGCAUCGCCAGGUCCCGGAUGGCUGCAUCAUCGCCUCAUUCGAUGUAGUGGGCCUCUAUUCGAACAUUCCUAUAGAUGAGAGCAUUUCGGCCGCUAUUACCAAGCUAGAGCAGCAUAAAGAUGAUGUCGACAUGCUUGGAUUGACGGUUGCGGAUGUACAGCUGAUGUUGCAGUAUGUUCUGUCAAACAACUACUUCGAGUUCAAUAGUAAACAGUACCGUCAGAAGCGUGGAAUUGCGAUGGGGAACCAUCUGGCACCUCCGCUGGCCAUCCUCUUCAUGGAUGCGCUUGAACAGAAGGCCCUCUCGACAGCUACAGUGAAGCCAGAUCUCUACAAGCGAUAUAUCGACGACUGCAUACUACUGUGGAGACAUGGCUGGAAAGGUUUAACAGCACUUCUAGAUCACUUCAACGGACAGCACACUACUAUCAAAUUCACAAUGGAACACUCGGUCAACGAAACUCAGUCAGUGAACUUCCUGGAUCUAGCGCUGUCUGUGCGUGGAAACAGCAUAGAGUGGGAGCUCUAUGUUAAGCCUUCCCACAGUGGUGUCCACCUGUCCUAUGAAUCAUGUCUCCCCUGGUCGUGUAAAAGAGCUGUUGCAACGAACCAAUUCUCUCGAGCUAUCCGUAACUCGUCAACACCGGAAGCGGAAGACAGGAGCAUGUCCAUAAUUGAAGAGUUGCUCGAGAGAAAUGACUAUCCACGCACCGAGAUAAACGCAGCACGACGAGCAGCCAAGGGGAAGAGACAAGAUACACACCCGUCUCAACAACAGCAGCGUGACAGCAAGCGCAGACACAACCAAUUCAAGUCAGUCAUCAAACUGCCCUUCAUCAACGACUCACUUGCCGCUCGUGUCUCACGACGUGUUCGAAAGUUCAGUCCGCAUGUUCGUGUUGUCUUUGUGUCUGGUCCUUCUUUGAAGGAUAUGUUGGUCCGAUCGUCGAGUGCUGUACGUGUGUGUCCCCGUGAGAAGCAGCGAUCGGAGGUGAAGAGAGGGAGAGGUCGACCAAUGGAGUGUCGUGCAUGUGAUGCGAGUAUGGUGGAUAGUCAGUGUUUAGUCAAAGGUGUUGUCUAUUGUAUGUCUUGCACGUUGUGUGCGGAAUUGUACGUUGGUGAGACCGAGCGGCCGGUGAGGGACCGAUUCGCUGAGCACUACCGAGAGGCAAGGGCGAUGGUGGCGAAGGCUCCCUGGGGCUUCCACUAUCGUACCCAGCAUCGAGAAUCUUUAAAGUCUUCCAACUUUCUGCCCUUCCACCAGGCAAAGAUUCUCGGCAGGGAGGCUUCGCUACCAUCAAGGAAACUGCUUGAAGCUAUCGAGAUAAGGAAGCGCAAACCAGCAGUCAAUUGCGAUGACGGCUGGCGCCUAAUUGACUGA